AGCGCGCGCCAGUCUUGGCGAGACAGUCGACCAGAGAGGGUGUGAGAACGGACAACCGAGACGACCGAAACCUUACCGUUAAAUCACCGUGUUUUCGCCGUCUUGAAGUCCCUCGACAUCCGAAGUCAUCAUGCGUGAGAUAGUGCACCUGCAAGCGGGACAGUGCGGGAAUCAGAUCGGAGCAAAGUUCUGGGAGGUGAUCAGUGAUGAACACGGUAUCGACCCCACCGGCACCUACCAUGGGGACAGUGACCUGCAGCUGGAUCGCAUCAGUGUUUACUACAAUGAGGCCAGUGGGGGAAAGUAUGUCCCUCGUGCCAUCCUUGUGGAUCUAGAACCCGGAACCAUGGACUCUGUCCGCUCUGGUCCUUUUGGACAGAUAUUCAGACCUGACAACUUUGUUUUUGGUCAGAGCGGAGCUGGUAAUAACUGGGCUAAAGGUCAUUACACGGAAGGAGCAGAACUGGUGGACUCGGUGUUGGAUGUGGUCCGUAAGGAAGCGGAGAGCUGCGACUGCCUGCAGGGCUUCCAGCUCACCCACUCUCUGGGUGGAGGAACAGGGUCUGGUAUGGGCACCCUCCUCAUCAGCAAGAUCCGCGAGGAGUAUCCAGACCGUAUCAUGAACACCUUCAGUGUGGUGCCCUCUCCCAAAGUGUCCGACACUGUUGUGGAGCCCUACAACGCCACACUGUCCGUCCAUCAGCUGGUGGAGAACACGGAUGAGACAUACUGCAUCGACAACGAAGCGCUGUACGACAUCUGCUUCCGUACUCUCAAACUCACAACACCCACUUAUGGCGAUCUUAACCACCUCGUCUCCGCCACCAUGAGUGGAGUCACGACCUGCCUGAGGUUCCCCGGCCAGUUGAACGCAGAUCUUCGCAAACUGGCAGUCAACAUGGUACCCUUCCCGCGUCUGCACUUCUUCAUGCCCGGGUUUGCUCCUCUGACCAGCAGGGGGAGCCAGCAGUAUCGUGCCCUCUCCGUCCCCGAGCUUACCCAACAGAUGUUCGACGCUAAAAACAUGAUGGCCGCCUGCGACCCGCGUCACGGCCGCUACCUGACCGUGGCCGCUGUGUUCCGCGGACGCAUGUCCAUGAAGGAGGUGGACGAGCAGAUGCUCAACGUUCAGAACAAGAACAGCAGCUACUUCGUGGAGUGGAUCCCCAACAACGUGAAGACCGCCGUUUGCGACAUCCCACCACGUGGGCUCAAAAUGUCCGCCACCUUCAUCGGCAACAGCACGGCCAUCCAGGAGCUGUUCAAGCGAAUUUCAGAGCAGUUCACCGCCAUGUUCCGUCGCAAGGCUUUCCUGCACUGGUACACUGGCGAAGGCAUGGAUGAGAUGGAGUUCACAGAGGCAGAGAGCAACAUGAAUGACCUGGUUUCUGAGUACCAGCAGUACCAGGACGCCACCGCUGAGGAAGGAGAGUUCGAGGAGGAAGGCGAAGAGGAGGUCGCCUGAUCUCCACCUGUCACCUCAUUUUCUUCUAUUUGACCAUUAACUGAUUCAGAUCAUGCCAUGUUAUUUCUGUGUACACCUUCUUACCUCCCUUUCUUCACUUGUGUUAAACAGAGAGUUCAUCAAUUCUUGUGUGAUUUUUACAUUUUCAACAGUAGCAUUUCCACAUUCUCCCAUCGCCAACAUAUUAGCUCAUUCAUAAUCCUCUCUUAAAAUGACCUUGGAUUUAUCAAAUAAAGACAUGAGAAUACUUACCCUCAA